GCUUCGUGCAGCCGGGCAGCCGCUGAUCACGCGUGGCCCCGCAAUCCCAUUGGCCGGAACCUCACACACCUUUGCCGCUGAUUGGCUGACAUCAGGCUCCACCCCAUCCCCCGCCCGCAGCGCGGGGCAGGGAGAGCGGCUACCUGAAUGGGGAGGGGGGCAGACAUCGCGGAGCGCGGUGGCGGCGGGAGCGGCGUCGAGUGUCUCCGUGCGCCCGUCUGUGGCUAGGAGGCAGCCAGCAACCAGCCAACUUGCAACCUGCGAGCCAGGCAGCCAACCAUGCUCAACUUCGGUGCUUCUCUCCAGCAAGCUGCGGAAGAAAGAGUGGAAAUGAUUUCUGAAAGGCCGAAAGAGAGUGUGUAUUCCUGGAACAAAACCACAGAGAAAAGUGAUUUUGAAGCUGUAGAAGCACUUAUGACAAUGAGCUGUAGUUGGAAGGCUGAUUUUAAGAAAUACCUUGAAAACAGACCUGUUACACCCGUAUCUGAUAUAUCAGAGGAAGAGAGUCUGCUUCCAGGGACACCUGAUUUUCAUACGAUCCCAGCAUUUUGUUUGACUCCACCUUACAGUCCCUCUGACUUUGAACCCUCCCAAGUAUCCAAUCUGACUGCACCAGCGCCAUCUACUGGCCACUUCAAACCAUUCUCGGACACUGCGAAGCCUCCCAUUGCUGCACCCUUCAAGGAAGAAAAGAGCCCAGUAUCUGUCCCUCCUCAACCCAAGGCUCAAGCCACCAGUGUCAUCCGCCACACCGCUGACGCACAGCUGUGCAACCACCGAUCCUGCCCCGUGAAAGCAGCUAGCAUCCUCAACUAUCAGGACAACUCUUUUCGAAGAAGAACCCACCUAAGUGUUGAGGCUGCACGAAAAAACAUACCCUGUGCCGCGGUGUCGCCAAACAGCUCCAAGUGUGAGCAGAAUGCAGGAGCAGAUGGUGCUGAUGAGAAAGCAGGCGCGGUACCCUAUGACUUUUCUGUGCCUUCCUCAGAGACCGUCAUCUGUAGGUCUCAGCCAGUUCCUGCAUCCCCACCGCAAAAGUCAGUGUUGGUCUCUCCACCUGCAGUAUCCGCGGGAGGAGUGCCACCUAUGCCAGUCAUCUGCCAGAUGGUUCCUCUGCCUGCAAACAACCCCGUGGUGACCACAGUGGUUCCCAGCACUCCAACAAGCCAGACGCCAGCUGUCUGCCCACCUGUGGUGUUCAUGGGCGCUCAGGUGCCCAAAGGUGCCGUCAUGUUCGUUGUACCCCAGCCCGUUGUGCAAAGUCCAAAGCCUCCAGUGAUGAGCCCCAACGGUACCAGACUCUCUCCCAUUGCCCCUGCGCCUGGUUUUUCCCCUUCAGCAGCAAAAGUCACUCCUCAGAUUGAUUCAUCCAGAGUAAGGAGUCACAUCUGUAGCCACCCUGGGUGCGGCAAGACCUACUUUAAAAGUUCCCAUCUAAAGGCCCACAUGAGAACUCAUACAGGAGAAAAGCCCUUCAGCUGUAGCUGGAAAGGUUGUGAAAGGAGGUUUGCCCGUUCUGAUGAACUGUCCAGACAUCGGCGAACCCACACGGGUGAGAAGAAAUUUGCCUGUCCCAUGUGUGACCGGCGGUUCAUGAGGAGUGACCAUUUGACCAAACACGCCCGGCGCCAUCUGUCAGCCAAGAAGCUCCCAAACUGGCAGAUGGAAGUGAGCAAAUUAAAUGACAUUGCUCUACCUCUGACCCCCGCGCCCGCGCAGUGACAGAUCUGUAGGUGAAGAGUCAGAACUAACUUUGGUCACAGCCGCGAGCCAGCAAUGGUGUCCUAAUGUUUCUGCUGCAAGUCUGGCCCUCGUGGGGGCCAAAGCAGAAGCCCCCCGGCCAGAGGCGAAGGCCCAGCCUGAGUUAAUGACAAGAAGUGCUUCGGCCGCAGGCAGGUCACAGAGAGCAGGUUUCAUUUCUUGUGAAAUAAGAGAUGAGGAGCUUUUGUUCCUCUGGAGAGUUUUGAAGGUUGCGAUGGGCUCCAUACAGCACAGAUUUGAGUUUGCACAUUUGGUACUUUAUUUUUGCAAUUUAUACUUGAGACCAACUUUGCAAUGUGAUUCUGUUAAAAGCACUGGUUUCAAGAAUGCAGAGGCUGGAAGUUACGGUACAGAGAUGGAGAUAGAAAAUGAGUUUGUAUUACACAGACUGUCAUCUUUUCUUAGAGUUAUCUUGUUUACUAUUCCUAGUCUUUCCAGUCAACUUUGCGGAUGUAGUUAUUAAAUAUAUCUCUAAAGCCGUCAUGUUUUACACUAUUGUUGAUACUUGGAAUUGAGCAGCUGUACAUUGCUAAAAGGGGGCCCCAAGAAUUGGAACCCUCAUUAAUUUAAUUGCUUUUGAAGUGCAGCUAAAGAUUUUUUGUUUUUGUUUUUCUUUUUGCAUUUUUUGUUCUGAAAGUUUAACAAAUGCCAAGGUAUUUUAUUACACUUUGGUUUUUAGUUUGCCUGCAGUUUCUUGUGUAGAUUUGAAAUUGUACAUCAAUGUGUUUUCCAUAGACUCUUUAAUAAAGAUACACUGCACUUUUUUUAGAAAAAAAUCUGAAUAUGAAUAGAUAUAUUGUAAAGAAGGAAUAUCAAGAAUUUCAGAUAACUCCUUGAUAAAGGUGGCUUAUGUCAUCAGUAAAGUACCCUUAUGUUAUAAAGAUACAAUGUUGGCUUUAUUACUUUAGGAAGGCAGUGGCAAUUAUUCACAGGUGGACAGAUGUCCUAUUUAUAGGAGGUUUUGGGGGUGUGGAAGUAGCUAGGAAGAGAAAUUAUUAGAACAUUCACAUUUAUUAUUUUGAACUCAAAGCAUCAAGUAUAUUCACUGUCCGUAGCAUUAACCUUCUCCUUACCACCCUAGUGUUGGGAAUACCCAAGAAACUUAAAAGUGUCACAGUAUGGUAGCAUCUGGAAAGCUGAGGAUCCAACCAAGCACCUCAGUGCAUGCUAGGCAAGCUCUUUACCACUAAGCUACAUGCACCUAGGAUGAUGAUUUCUGUUAUCUUCUGUUUUAUAGUGGAUAAUAUGCACGGUGGUAAAAGUAAAUUGUGAAAAGUUGUCACUAUACCUUCCCAUUUAAAGUUUUUCUGUAUCUUAGGUUUAGGUUUCUGACAAAAACUUGGACCCUUGGGAAAUAGUUUUUCUUAAUUAAAAAAAAAUCCUUGUGAAUUACAGUUUGCACAGUUCCUUUUAUUGUACUUUAUAUCUUGUUUACAAUAAAGAAUUUCUUUUGGUAUAUGGAAUGGGGUCGUUAAGAUUUGUUAAAGCCAAUUCUCCAUCUUCCCCUGACAUUGACUACUUGUAUCUAAACACUUAGAUAAGUCUGAGUUUCUGUGAAUCAAAGACUAUGGAUUAAGGCCAGCAGAUGGCUUAUAUCUUUAUUGAGAUGAUGUAUGUGUGAGCCAGCCAGUUCUAUGAAACCACAUUAAGGUUGUGUUUUGUUUUGAGACAGGCUCUCGCCACAUAGAGAAUCAGGGUGCUGCCUCCCAAAUACUGGGAUUACAGGCACAAGCCACCGUGCUCAGUUCACAUUUUAGUUUUCAAAUAUUCUUCUGCAUUGUGAUAUCCGAGGUUGAAAUCCACAUAGUUCUGUGUUAAGUAGCAUUUGAGUUAAAGAGAACAGCACAGUGAACAAUUAAUUACAAGUCAUGAAACCAGGAUGGCAAAUGAAAAGAAGGCUGGUCUGUCAUCGGGAGAGUGAAUUGCUCACUUUAGAAGUUAAAUUAACUCAGACCAGCAAGUGCCACUACCUUGACUACAAUAGACAUAUUAGUCUUAGCAUAAAAGGCAACUCAACCUCUGAAGAGAAACUUGCUGGUCAUUCAGUAAGAGCUAGGAGCUAUAAAUGGAGUAUAGUUUUGCUCAGAAAUCCCAUUAUAGUCGUGAGGUCAUCCUCCACAAAGUUACACCUUAACUAAUGCUGGUCUAGAGACCGGCUAACUUAUCAGACAGGGUCUCACUAUGUAACCCAGGCUUUCCUCAGACUGCUAGAAUUAGGAAUGGGUUAUCCUGCUCAGCUCAGCUCAGCUGUGUUUCUAAGACAUUUCCUCACUUGUUUUAACUAACCUUAUAGAUCUUGCCUGAGGUAGUUACUGUGACGUGCUAAUUUUCAUUGCUCCUUGGAAUUCUGUAAGUUUCUCACUACUUAUUUAUGUCACUGGAUUUGUGGAUAUGUAUGUUGUUCCUUGUUACAAUAAACACCACUUAUUUUGUGA